ACCUGUAACCCUACAACCACCAUGCAAGAUUGAUCCAAAACAAAGAUCGAAGAUCCUGUCAAACAAAAACCUCCCAACACCAACAGCCAAGUCCGCAAUUCAAGUUGGCGGAACCUGAAGUCUACCAGUAUCACAGAGGGCCUUGCUAGCUAGCUAGUGGUUAGGCAGAAGUAGAGAAGGGAGUAUCAGUCCGCUUUCACAAGCCGGAAUGGGGCAAGAUUGUGACAUCUGACACCAGCUUUCAGCUUUCCCAGCAAAGACCACGGGACACGAAUCCUUCAAACAAUGUUCGCUGCAUCGCUACGAGUUGCCAGUCGACGCCUCGCAGUGAGACGAACGACUUCUGUAAGGGCGCUUGGAGCCGUCAAUUGGCCACGACGGCCGUAUGCGUCCUCAUCAGAAGACAAGAAGCUCGGUUUCCUGCAACGAUUUCGUCUUGGAUUGGUAGAGACGUGGCAGGAGUUGCUGGGAGUGCAUGACAUUCGAGUUUCUUCCUCCAAGGGCAGCAUGGACGAGACUUCCUCUCCAAUGUAUCCUAUGCAAGAACAGCAACAAGAACAGCCAGGCGUGGAACCGUUCGAUCUGACUGGAAUCCCCACAAUGGACAUUGAUGCAUCCGUCGCAAGCCCCUGGGAGCGCCUCCAACGACGACUGGCUGCCGCUCGUAUCAUUGACAAAGCUGUUUGGAAUCCCAAUACUCGUGGAGAACGCCAAACAGGAUCUGCCAUUCUCAAAAUCCAAAGGUUGGAUCCCAAGUUGAUUACCUCGCUGGAUCAGUUUCGAAGCGACAUGACGGAAAAAACGAUACCCCUCCUUUUAAAGUGGGUUUUAGAGGGCGAUGUCGACAAUCUGCAGCGCUGGUUGGGUCCUCAAGUCCUUCACAAGGUGGCCUCUGAAAUCAAAGCCCGUCAUCAGGAAGGAGUUGUACUCAAUCCCAGUAUUAUCGAAGUUUGUCCCACUCAUCAUGCCAAGGACGUCUGGGCCAUUACUACAGACGACGAGGAUAUUACGCCGCCUUGCAUUGUCUUGCACUUUAUUUGUCAACAAGUUCAUUGCGCAAUCGACAAGGAACAGGGAACUAUUCUGGAAGGAUCCAAGGACGAGAUUGUCUAUAAAUCCUAUGUCGCAGCCUUUCAGCCCAUGCAACGCGACAGUCCUCAGCAGUACUUUUGGGGCAUUGCUGAUUUUCGAUACAAUGGGCCCAUUGCACGAUACCAAAUGACGAGGCACACUAUUGAAGACGAGCCCGAUUACCUCGUCAGGUUGCUCGAUCAACAGAAAUAGAAGCAAAAGUUCCAAGCAGCCCCGCCGAGUAAGGUACUUCGGGCGGACGAAGACUUGUUGCAACCACCUUUGGAGAUCCCAAACGCACCUGCUUCCUAUCAAAGGUGAAGCCCUGAAAGCGGAACGGUGUUACCUCAUUGUCAGUUCGUUGAUAGAGGUCUGUCUGAAGAUCGAAAUGGGGUGUUUCCAGUUUUCAGUUACUUGCCAACAAUCUAUCCUGGACCGAAUGACGUUACCCAUGCCGGUGGAGCAUGUCGCACGUGCUAGCUAGAGCGACGAUUCCAAUUGUACCGGUAGACUCCAAAGCUAGCCAGCCCGGAAUGGGGAUGAGCCACAAGGAGACAAGCCAGAGAUUUUGCACGGUUCAAACACACCACGUCUGCAACCGGCAGCGAGAUGACCAUCGAUGCAUGGCCCGUUUCGCGUACCCGUGCACAGAGUGGUUCCCAAACCCAAGCUCACUAAAGCUGCGUCCAAGGCGGCAGAUGCUGGGUACCGGUAGGGCACUUCAUCUGGGUGCGAAUGCUGCGUGUGGGGAUUGAAAAGAUUGAAUGAAUCUGGACUCCCCACAGCCCAUAGAAACCUCUUUGCGCAUGGUCACCACGACCACUUACAUGCCAGAGCUUGCCCUAGGUUGGAUGCUACCAUGAUUGUGAACUGCCACUCCUAGCUGGUACGACUAUUACUUGUAAAGAAUGAAGCCAUGAUUUUUGUUGUUUGUAAAGAUUGUCUAUUAUGUGUU